AUGGCAGGCGGACUCCAGAAAUACAGACAUUUGUCGCGCAGCAGCUCGCACCGUCAAGCUCUGCUCAGAAACCUCGUCACAUCCCUCUUCAAGAACGAGACGAUAUCCACGACAUGGCCCAAGGCCCAGGAAGCCCAGCGUCUGGCCGAGAAGUUGAUCACUUUGGGCAAGAAGAACACCGAUGCUAGCAAGAGAAAGGCUCUGUCCAUCUUCUACGAACCCCACUCCCUCAUCCCCAAACUCUUCGGUCCCCUGCGCGAACGCUUCCUCAACCGCCCCGGUGGCUACACCCGCGUCCUACGCAUCGAGUCCAUCAAAGAAGACCAAGCACCCUCCGCCAUCCUCGAACUCGUCGACGGACCCAAGGACAUGCGAUUCGCCAUGACCGCCCGCACCGUGUCUCGCCUGCGCCGCGAAGGCAAGCCCAUCAACGACAUGACCGCCGGUAACAUUUCAAAGGUCACUCGUUUCCGUCCAGACGGCGACAAGGAUCUCGAGGACAUGGUCGCCAAGUUUGACAGGUUGGAGGCUCAGGGUGAGCAAGGCUUUGAAAAGGUGUUCAAGCAGAAGGUUUACCAUAACCCCAAGGCUUCGAGGUAG